AUGGCUGCCGGGACGCUGCAGAUCAGGCCGAGGGCGAAGAGCUUGUGGCUGCUGGUGCGCCGGCUGCUCUGCCGCGGCAACAAGCUGCACAGACCGCCCGCGGGCGCCGGGGACCAGCAGGGAGACGGCUGCGGGGAGAAGAGGAGCCUACUCCUCGGCCGGAGCGGCUCGCUGGAGGAGCUCCUGGGCCCGGACGUCGCCGGCGCCGUCCGCCGCAGCGCCAGGAAGGACCUCGAGGUCCAGCACGCGCUGCUGCCCGAGCGGCAACGGCAGCAUCACGCGGACAUGGAGUUGGUUCGCCCCGAGGUAACCACGGCGGACGCGCCGCUGGCAGUUAGCGCCGCAGCCGUGCAGCAGUACCGGAGGUUCAUGUUCGGCGGGUUCCGGCGGCGGCUCAUGAUGCGGAGACAGUGGCGGCCGAUUCUCGUCGCCAUCCCGGAGUGA